AUGUAUUCUCCUUUGUUCAAAGGUGUACGGUGCCUGCGGAAUGUGACGCUGGAAGUAAUACCGGAGGUGGUUGAACGUGGUUGUGAGGUAACUCUACGUUGUCAUUACGUACGCGAAAACGAACCACUUUAUUCAGUUAAGUGGUAUCGUGGCAAAUAUGAGUUCUACCGGUAUUCACCAUCGGAAACGCCACCCAUUAAAAUAUUUAAUAUCACUGGAAUAACAGUUCAGCGUAAUACUUCAGAUCACGAGCAGGUGACUGUCAUGAAUGUCGAUUACGGGCUAACGGGUAACUUUAGUUGUGAAGUGACGGCUGAUGCACCGACAUUCUCCACGGAAGCGAGUAUCAAGAAGCUGAGAGUUGUUUCUUUGCCAAAGGACAAACCCCUCAUCUCAAUGGAACGCAACCGAUAUGAUACUGGAGACACCCUCAAAGCGAAUUGCAGUGUUCCACCGUCCAAGCCCCCAGUGGAAUUUCCUUUCAAGCUCAACACUAUAGAGAUUGGUCCAAUAAACGCGAGCCAACUGGUGGAGAGAUCUGAGUAUAAUAUGGGUAGCAACUCAGCUUACAUCGAAGAACCUCAAUUGCAAUGGGGUGAGCUGACCGUUGAUCUCCUAUCAUUACAUUACUCAAAUAACCAAUUGAAUCUUCACUGCACUGCGCGAAUACCUGGAAUCUACGAAGCUGAGAGUGAGAUAUUGGUGCAAAUUGGACUGACGGAGCCUGUACCCGCACAAAUCACUUCACAGACUAGCAAGGUCAUAUGUAAUACGUGGGUCUUGGCAGCGCUCUUACACCGACCACUUCAUCCCUUCCUGAGAUAG